GUCGCGUCAAAGAUGAUUAAGGGCGAUUUAGGCAUUGAAAGAUAAUUCCACGCCGUCCUCUCUGUCUCUGUCUCUGUCUCUCUCUCUAGGCUUUCAUCUCCCUCCUCUCCUGCAUCCACAUGGGCGGAUUGUAAAUGGUUUCCCCUCGAGAUCUUCGCUCCAAAUCUUGCAACUCUACUUCCUAAUAUUUGUACGAGAGUUUAAGGGAGCAAAUUGAUUCUUUCGCCUUCCAAAAACCUGAUUCUUUUCUCGGCUCCCUGCCUCUCAUGGCGUACCGCGUCCUUCUCCGAAUUCUUCCGCAAAUUUUUGUUCUGAUCACCAGCGAUAACAAGAUCCGUCGUCUCGGUGGGAUAAAAGCCGUUUCUUGGUAGUCUUUUUGUGUGGCUCGAUUCCUUUUACGAGGGUUUUUGAGCUUUAAGAUCCUUCCGCCUACUAAAGAUCCAAGUUUUCUUGUCUGCCUUCCUCCCUCUCGUGGCUUCCACGAGUUUUGCUCGUAAAUUUUAGAACCGUGAGAUAAAAAUUGGAUUUUGCGAGUGGUUCGUGUGGCUUGGCGAUGGAAGAGAAGCUCUCUGUUCGGGCAGAGGGCUACCAGAAGGACUUCUUGAGGCGAUUCGGAGCUGGCGGCGGCGGACAGGGGGAAGGGACGGAGGGAGGAGGGUCGGGGGAGAUCGAGCUCAGCCUCGGUCUCUCCUUGGGCGGACGCUUCGGGGUGGAACCCAAGGAGAAGCGGCUCGUCCGGUCCUCAUCGAUCUCGACGUUGCCCGUGGAGCGCGACCUCGCCAUGGUUCCUCCGCUCGCGAGGACGUGCUCCCUGCAGGCGGAGGCCCAGGAGGAGCUCCGGAAGAGGAAGGAGUUGCAGAGCUUGAAGCGGUUGGAGGCGAAGCGGAGGAGAUCCGAGAAGUUGAGCUCCAAAUCCAGGAUCGCAGACCGGAAAGGCGACAUCUUUGACGAGGAAACCGCAGGGUCGAGGAACCGGGUCGCCCCUCACGGGCUUCCGUUGUGGAUAGCCGGAGCCGGCAGAGCAGCCGCUCAACCAACGGAGGCACCGAGACGCUUCGGGCUGGUAUCGCAAGGCUCGAUCGGAUCACAAGGAAGUAGCUGCUCAAGCGUUUCUGACGUCGAGAGCCAACCAAAACAAGGAUCAAGAAACAGUCCCCGGGUCGGGAGUCCCAUGACUGCUGCGUUGCUGUCACCCGAGCAUGGCAGUCACAAGGCAGCAUCUGAUCAUACGACAGCCGCGGCAGUAGGAAAACACGUUGCCGGUGUCACCGGGGAAGAGGGCCAAUCAAGGAAGGCUACAGAAGGAGCAUUGGACGACAGGGUGCGAGAAAAGGCUGGGAGGAACAUGGUCGAAAGAAUGCCUUGUGUGUCCACCAGGGGAGAUGGACCUAAUGGCAGAAGGAUCGAAGGGUUUCUCUACAAAUACAGGAAAGGGGAGGAAGUAAAGAUCGUGUGCGUGUGCCAUGGCAGCUUCUUCACUCCAGCUGAGUUUGUUAAGCAUGCAGGAGGGGGUGAAGUGGCUCACCCACUUCGGCACAUCGUCGUCGACACCCUGCCGUCGGCAUUCUUGUGAUGGCAUGCAUUUCUAUAGGAAUUAGCAGGCAACAGUUGUUGCAUGUUAGAAUCGUCUGGCUUUUGCGUUAUUGGACAUUGUGAGUUCUUUUUGUAUUUCCGAACUCUCCUACCA